AUGAAUGGCCGUUUGUCUUGUUAUUAAUUUCAUUCCGAAAUUAAUAUAGAGAGAGAGGCUGCUGAAAUGGCAUCAAGAAUUAUGGACCGUGUUCGAUAGAAACAAUAUUUUAGAUCUAACCAAAAACUCACAAUAAAAGGUGAUGGUGGAUUUCGAUCAAGUGAAUAUUAAGUUAGACCUAUGGAGGUUCAAUCCAUACGUCAUGGAACUAAUUCAAUUACAGACAGAAACCAAAUUAAACUUAACUUGAAUUUCAGACAACCUCAAAAAUCUUAUAAUUUCUUUGAAUAAAAUCCAAAACACAUUGAAAUAAUCAAGAAAUCUGAUUAUUUGUAAAUGCAAUAAUCGCAGGGUUUAAAAGACAUAUAUCAUGGGGCCAUCAAAUUAAACAAUGUUCUUGAACCUUAAUCUUAAUCUACUAGCGAUAAGCCAGACAAAACUAAACUCAUUAAAUUAAUGAAAGCGUGA